CCCAAACCAAAGCGCACGGCACGGCGCGCCGUCGCUUUCGCAGCCGAGGAAAUCGAAGCUGCGAGCGAGCGCGACUCGACGCGGGGGAGAGCCGGGAGCCGAGAAGCCCCAAUCGCCGUCCUCUACGUCGCCUCGUGCUCGGGCUCUCCGGCUGGCGGCAUGGAGACCGCCGUGCUCGCCUGCGAGGCGACGACAGCCACGGCCGCCGACGCCGCGGCGGCGCCUGGAGCGGGAGGGGGCGGAGGAGCCGGGGACGUGGUGAGGCUGAAGCGGUCGGUUCUCGCGGCGUGCCUCACGUGCCCGCUCUGCGGCCGCCUCCUCCGCGACGCCGCCACCAUCACCGAGUGCCUCCACACCUUUUGCAGGAAGUGCAUAUCAGAAGAGUUCAUAAAAAAGGAAGUCUGCUGGUGCCCUGUUUGUAGCAUUGAUUUGGGCUGCGCUCCAUUGGAGAAACUCAGAAUGGAUCAUAGCCUACAAUAUGUACGGUCAAAGAUAUUUCCUAGAAGGCAAAAGUUUGAGGCCCCAGAAGUCACGUCGCCAGUUACAUCACCUAUCAAGAGGAAAGAACGAUCUUUAUCUUCAUUGACAAUUCAUGCUCCUCAAGUGUCUAUGCAAAAAUGCUUGACAAAGAGGAGAACAAAAGCUUCAUGCUUACAUAACCUCUCUUUGCACUCAAAGUUACGGGGCAGUAACAUCACAAAGAAAGUUGGGGGAUGGAAACCUUUAGGUUCUCACUUUAAAGCUGCUAAAAAUAAAAGAUCUCUUGGAUCUAAAUCAGAAGAUGUGAAGACAACUGAAGAUAAAUCUGAUGAUCCAGUUGAUGAAACUCCUACCAGUCAAGCAAAGACUAAGAGACAGUAUAGAAGACGUGGAAAUCUGGAGAAGAGAACUGGAAACAAGAAACUGUUGAUUUUAAAGGGAAAACAGAAAAAGAUCAAGCCAAAGCUGCUUAACAAGAAGAGGAAGUUGCAAGCAUUAUGGUUAUACCUUGUUGCUGCUUUUGACCAGAAAGGUCAGCCUCCUCUACCGCAGGUACCAUCAAAAUUUUUGAGGAUCAAGGAUGUAGAUUUGCCUGCUUCCUUCAUACAGAAGUACCUCGUGCAGAAACUUAAUCUUUCAAGUGAAGCUGAGGUGGAGAUACUGUGUGGUGGCAAGCCUGUGAGCCCAGGAAUGACACUGCACGAUCUAGCAGAUUGCUGGCUAAAUAAAGGACAAAAGGGCCGAGUGCGGUCAUAUGUGGGCACACCUGCUGCUGGAUUCAUAGCGAAGGUAUUCUAUGGCAGAUCAGGAGCAUCCAUACCUGAAACUGAAAAUAACCAAGGUUGAUCGAGGGCUUCCUCUUCGUUUCUGAAGCAGCGACGCAUUGUUUCAUUCUUAGGAACCCUUUGAUUUGAGCAAUUUAACAUGUACAUAGAUGUUAGUGUUACAACUUAGAAGCCGUGUUGGGCUUAUAAUUGGCCUAUAAGAUGCUGAGUCGUUGAGUGCUUGACCUGUAAGCGAGGGGCUUUGUCACCAUGGAGGCAUGGAGCUCAUAGCUCACCUAUGCGAGUGUAUGUGAUGUAUAUAUAGUACUUGUGUAUUGUUCUGUUACAUAAUACUAUAAUAGCACUUGAAUUUGUCA